AUGGGGUUCUAUCCCAGCAUGUUCUUCGGCUUCGUCACGGGAAUCGUUGUUAUAGCGGGGAUUAAAUUCAUACAGAAGAGGCGACAUGCGCAGCGCGUUCGCAAGAUGGUGGAUCUCGCGAUGAUGUCGUGCGUCAACAAGGAGGACCUGAGAAAGCUCAUACCCAAAGAGCUGUACCCUACCUGGGUGCAGUUUCCGGAGUUCGAGCGGGUGGAGUGGAUCAACUAUUUCCUCCGUGAACUCUGGCCCAAGCUCAGAGAGGCGAUAUCAGGCGCGGUGAUGAUGCAGAUAGGGCCCGUGCUGGAGAGCUACCGUCCGCCCAUGAUCGCAUCGCUCAAGCUCACCAAGUUCAACCUCGGCCGCCUCGCCCCGCAGCUCGGAGGCAUAGACGUGGAGGAGACGAGGGCGGACGAGGUGGUGCUGCAUGUGGACUUCAACUGGGUGGGCGACCCCUCCAUCAUCCUCUCCAUCAAGACGCUCGUCGGCGUCGCGCUGCAAGUGCAGGUGAAGAACCUUCAGAUAUGGGGAGUGUUUCGCGUCGCCCUCACGCCCCUCAUCCCCAACAUCCCAUGCUUUGGCGCCAUCGUCUUUGCCUUCACCAAGAAGCCCGACGUGAAGUUCAAGUUGAAGGUGGCGGGCGGUGACAUUGCCACCGUGCCUGGCCUGGGUGAUGCCCUUGAUGAUCUGAUUCGAGCAGCCAUCAUGGAUUCGCUGGUCUGGCCGGUGCGCCAUGUCAUCCCCAUCGUGCCCGGCAACUACGAUUACCUGCAGAUGCGCACGGUGGGCGUGCUGGAGGUGAAGCUGGUGGAGGGCAGGGACCUGGUGAACCUGUCACUGCUGGGCACCAUCGACCCCUACGCCACGCUCUUCGUGCGCCCCAAGCCCACCCUCACCCGCCGCAGCCGCACCAUCGCCAACUCGGUGAACCCGCUGUGGAACCACUCGUUUGACUUCAAGGUGGAGGACCCCGACACACAGAGGCUCGUCAUCAAGGUGUGGGACGACCAGGAGCUGACAGCGUCGGUGCCGGUGGGGCAGGCGGCCAUUGCACUGGCGGACCUGCCGCCGCUGAAGCUGGUGGACCGCUGGGUGCCCGUGGUCAAAGACGUGGAUGACCCCAAGGCUGACACCCGCCCAAGGGGCUCGUUGCACCUGGAGCUGCUGUACCGGCCAGUGGACGAGCACGGGGGGGGGUUGGGAGUGGAGGACGGGGAGAAGAAGUACUUGAGAGGCGUGCUGCAGGUGGUGCUGCUGUCGGGGCGAGAUCUCAUGGCGUGUGAUAUGAAUGGGCUCAGUGACCCCUUUGCUGUCCUCGAGUUGCAGCUGGGCGGGCAGAGGAGGAAGUCACGGGUGGUGAAGAAGACGCUGCAGCCGGAGUGGAAUGAGAACUUUGAAUUCCUCGUGGAGGAUGGCAAACACGACAUGCUCGUCGUGGGGCUCUUUGACCACGACCUGCUGGGCAAGAAGGAUAACAUGGGUCGGCUGGGUGUGAGCCUGACGAGAGUAAUGAUGGAGGGGCAUAUUGAAAGCGAGUUCCAACUGAUGGAUGUGUCUCAUGGAUGGUUAAAGCUGAAGCUAACAUGGAAGCCUGUACCAUAG